AUGUCCGACUCAUACAGAAAAGAUUUCUCCGACAAAGCCGCUGAAAAGAUCAAGCCUGACUCUGAAAAGUCGACCUACGAAAAGGGUAAGGAGUUCGUCACCGACAAGGCCGACAAGGCCGCCGGUGCCGUGCAGCCAGAGGAAAAGAAGGGCGUCUUCCAAGGCGUCUCGGACUCGGCCAGCAAGGGCAAGGACGAGGCCACGGGCAAGACCAUGUCCGAGACCGCCGGCGAGUACGUGGACGCGGCCAAGUCCAAGUUGAAUGACGCGGCCGAGUACGUCAGCAAGUCCCUCCACGGCGGCGACGAGACCAAGUGA